GAAUGACGCAUCUAGAGCGGAGAAAAAGCUAGGACGGGACAGGCUUAAGUAAUACAUACACAGAAUACAGUAGCAUCUAGAGCGGAAAGUAAAGUAGUAAAGCGUAUAUAAAAGCGGAUAAUAAACCAGGAUCAUUAUACAGUAACAGAACAGCAAACUUUGCACAAAAAGGUAGAUUUAAUAAAAGUAAACAUAAAAAUGUCUCACGAAUAUGAAUUUGUGUACUUUAAUGCCAAACUUAGAGGUGAGACGACCAGGCUGCUUUUUGCUGCUGCUGGUAUCCAAUAUAAAGAUACAAGGAUUGGAUUUGCUGAAUGGCACGAAAAACAGAAAGAUACUCCCCAGGGGUCAUUACCAUAUUUAGUCAUUGAUGGAAGAACAAAGGUCUCCCAAAGCAUGGCUAUAAAUAGAUAUAUUGCCAGAAUAGCUGAUCCUCCAAUGUGCGGGUCCAGCAGCGAGGAAGAGUUGUAUAUUAAUGAGAUAGCGGACACUGCUGCAACCUUGAUAGACGAAGCACUAAAACCUUUCACUGUUCCAGAGGAAAAGCGGCAAGAAGUAAUGACAAACUUUAAUGAUGUGGUAGCCCCAAAAUUGCUGGGAUUUUUAGAAAAGUCGAUUACAGCCAGAGCCGGAGAGAGUAAGAACGGGUUUGCAGUGGGAUCAAAACUCUCCCUAGCUGAUAUAAUGAUAUUUAACGCAAUUGAAUGUGGAAACCUGACGGAAGAAAUAUCCAAAUAUCCCGGACUGAAAGCCAGCACUAAAAAGGUCGCAGAAAAUAAAAGAAUUGCAGAAUGGUUGUCAAAACGACCAACAGGAAUGUGAACUUACAUACAUUAUUCCAACACUCGUUGGUUGUCCAUUAGUUAUUACUACACAGUCAUACUUUUCUAGUGUACCUUUGUUUUGAAAAAAUAAAGGGAAAUUGUACGAACGUUUUAAUGUAUUUUUUUCAUAGAAUUGUCUUUGGUUUGAAAAGUUUCUCUUUUUAUUUGUAAAUCACCUUUCUUAGACUUUUGUAAGACCUUAUACAGGGCAGUAUUUAUUUUCUAGUUUAUUCCAUUUUACCUUUUAAAAGUCUUUGUUCUGAAGAAAAUAAAGAUAAAAGCUA